AUGGUGGUGGGGCUCCUGGCUGUGACCUGCCCUGCCAAGCCAGAAGGGCAUGGUGGUGGCGGCGGUGGCGAAGGUGAUGGCGGCGGGUAUGGUGGUGGCGGUGGUGGUGGCCAUGGAGGUGGUAGCGGAGGCAGACAUGACGGCUCCAGCGGCGGCGGUGGCGGGUAUGGCAGCUACAGCGGCGGCGGUGGUGGGUAUGGCGGCUCCAGCGGCGGCGGUGGUAGGUAUUGCGGCUCCAGCGGCGGCGUUGGUGGGUAUGGCGGAUCCAGCGGUGGUGGUGGUGGGUAUGGCGGCUCCAGCGGUGGCGGUUAUGGCGGUUCUAGUGGCGGCGGCUAUGACGGUGGGAGUGUAGGUUAUGGAAAAUAA